UUUCAUAGAAAUGGAACGGCUAGUAUCUCAAAAAAGAAACAGACUCUCACAAAUAAAAUAUUGAAGUCUGAAGGAGCUUUCGAGACAACAGAUGGAAAAGUUUACUUCACCGACCAACAGUUCAUUAUAGAACAUCUCAUUGACUUAGAGUCGAAAUAUUCUAAACUUUACAACAAACACAAAAAGUUGAAAGGAAAACAAAAACAAAUGGCAUAUGAUAUUUACGAAGAUGUUGACGACACAACUGUUCCUGCAAGUGAAGUAAAGUCAGAGGAACCGAAAAGUGACGAAAAACCAAUAGAAGAAGGGGAGCCAAAAACUGAAGAAAAACCAAAACCAAAGGUUAGUUUUCAAACUAAACCAAGCCAACCUUCAUUAGCUGGUAUGGGUUGGCGUCAAAGGCUUAUGGCAGCGGGAGGUUAUGUAAAGUAA